GAAUUAAACGAGAUAAAUUCUCUCUUUCAAUAUAGCGAGAACAAAAAUAAGCAAAAACUGCAAUACUAAAGAAAUGUGCAAUAUGCAUGCGUAAAUUGGAAUUUAAAAUCUGAUUUUAAUAAAUUAAAAUAACAUUUAAGCAAGUGCAAGACGCACAUGAGUGCGUACAAGUGAAACUCAGUUUAAAUCAAACAAAUACAGCAGGUUUUCCCAAGCGGGAACAAUAAACUGACCACAAUCAUGAAGAAGCGUAACUCACGCUGCAAUUCGGAUACACAGAAGAUGGAGGACGACGGCAACGACUUAAGCCUGUUGCAGCGACCACUCCAAACAGCUCACACGGGCUUCGAGGAAGCCCGCCGCGCCUAUGAGAACGGCACCAGCGAGGUGCGUCGUCUGCUCAGCGAGGAGUGCAGCCUCAUCUAUGAGUGCAACGUGUGUCGCAAUAUGUUUCGCAGCUUGGCCAAUUUCAUUAGCCAUAAACGUGUAUUCUGCUGCAUCAGUGCUCGUUUAACGAGCCAUAAUACCGGACGCACAGAUCAAAACUCUACCAUGAUAAUUCAGGCUUCAGCCUCUCAAGAUAUCGAGCACAUGCUUCGGAGUCGCAGCACAGGCUGUUCCCCAGUGCCGCGAGAGGUUCGUUCCUUACGCGGCAGCAUGCGUGAUUUGAGCGGCGUCAUUGAACGCUUGCGUCGCGAGAAAGCGCCAGCAACUGCUGUGAAGCAGCUGUUGCCAGUGUUGCAGCUGGAGUCGGUGCCCACUUCCAGUCAGGCGGUCUACCAGACGAUAAAGAUCGAACAGGAUGACAGCAUUAAAACAGAGCUAAAUGAAGUUCAUCACAUGCUCAAUCCUGAACAAACCAUUGUGGGACCCGAUGGCAAAGCAUUGAACAGUCAUCAGUACGAGCGACCGAGUGGCAGCGACUCGGCAGAAACUGCAGAGCAGUCGGUCAGCGAUGAAGCAGAAACAAACAUCUUCUGUGAAAUAUGCAAUUUGACUUUUCAGACGCAAAAGACACUGGAGCUGCACAUACAGAAGCAUCAUUCGUCAUCUGCGUUUGUGUUUCAGUGUCCGGCUUGCUCGCUUACCUUUCUGCAGGCAGCAGCUGUCAUACGUCACCUGUCUAAGGAUCAUAAAAAACCAACGCGACGUAUACGCAUGAUGCGUAACACGAUCCUGAAGCGCCGCAAGCAACAGGGUGAUGUUCAGCCAAAGGGACCAAGCCGUGAACUUAAACGGCUGCAGCUCUCCGACGAUGUUGUCGGACACGCAACGGAGCAUACAGAUGCGAACGGCGAGCAGCGCAAGAUAAUGUCUUUGUGCAUUUACUGCGAGAAAUCCUUUGAGCGUCGAGCGGCACUCUCUACGCAUCUGCUCAACUGUCGCGCCAAGCAAGAAGCGUUGGCGAAACCAGCACCAGCCGUAAAGAAGUUCAAAUCAAACUCUAAUGGUGGCAGUGUAUCCAAUCUUGAUAUGCUCGACGAGAAUCCCAGUUCUGUGUCGGUGGAUAUGCAGAGCAUUGACCCCGCUACGCUAAAUGAAAUGUUUGCCGGCCUAGCCGAGCAGAAUGAGAACUAUGUACCAGAGCUGCGGACCGUGUCGUUGGACAAGCUGCAGCUGCAGCAUGAGAGCGAUUUAACCAGCGAUGAGGCGUCAAAUAGCGAGGACGAACAAGAUGACCGGGAGGAGCGUGAACUGGACGAGCAGACGAACAUUGAUGAAACCAAGCCGAAAAUAAAGAAAAAACGCAAUGUGCCACUUGAGAAUCAGCUACGCUGCCGCUGCAAGAUCUGCAAUAAACCAUUCAAUGCGAUUGGCAACUUGCGGCGUCACAUAUCCAUGUUCCACUAUCGGGCACGACGGUUCGGCUGCACCAUAUGCGACUAUCGCGCCUUUCGUCGUUACGACAUAGUCAAUCACUUGGGUUUCACGCACAAAAUUGAGGGAGAUCGUGAGAAGCUCACGGAGCAGUAUGUGUCCACGCAUGAGUGCGAAUAUUCUCGCGACGAUGUCGAUGGAGACAUUGUGCUCCUGGACAAGGAGGAGUCAGUGGAGAGGGAGCUAACUGUGGAGACAAAGCCAGCGCCGAAAACCUACGAGAGGCGGCUAAAACGUAUCAAAACUGUUACCGAAACAGUACCAGAGAUGGCACCCAGUUCGCCUCUUGCCACAGCCGAAUUUCCUGGCUUAAUCAUCAAGGAAGAACCAGAAGAUGAACAAUUACAGCCGCCCGUGGCCAGCAAAAAGCGUCGCAAGUCGCGCACACAAAUUUCACCAGACACUGGUGAACGCGGAUCCGAGAAACGACCCAUCCGCAAACGCGUCAAGGCUGUCAACAAGGAUUUUGUCUAUGAUCUUGUUAGCUUCAAGCCAGAUCCGUCUGGUGCACUGACUCCUGUUGAGUCCAUGCGAGCCAAGCUGCGUCGCCAGCCUGGACAGACAGCGGUAUGUGAGGAGUCGAAGCCAAAGCAAUGGGAGCCUUAUAUAACCGAGGACAAGAAGUCUCUGGUGCGAGGCAUUACUCGUCGCAUUAUGCUGAAGCUUGUGAGCGAAGGGCGCGCCGUCUCUGCAACACUUCCGGAGCUGCCCGCUGAGCGACCGCAAAUCCGCCCGCGUCUCAUUUCCUAUACGCGCAGUGAUUGCAGUCAGCAGAAUGUAGUGGACACCACUCCAGUCAGCAACGUGGGUGAGAGUUUUAUUGAGAAAAUUGCCAAACGAACGGCAGCUGCCGGCAAGGAUGCGACCAUCAGCAAUUUAUGGAACAAGGUAAAUAAUGCUAUUUCGCAGCAGCAGAAUCCAGAAGCGGCAGAGGUGCCUACUAUAAAUCAGGAAGUGGACGCAUUGGCCGCAGCUGCAGUUGCAGCUGAUGCAGUGCCCGAGUCGCAAGUGUCGUUAGAUGCUUUGCAGAAGACACCAAAUGGUAAGCACGGCGUUAAUGCGGUGUUUCACCUAACGCCCCCUUCGCCGCCGCGCAAAGGCAGCGGCGCGAACAAUGCCCUGAAUACAUCCGUCAGCUCUGACGCCGGAUUGCCUGCUUCACCCUUGCCAGCCACCGUUGUGGAGUGCCUCAGCAGCAUGGAUCCCCCAAUGAAGGCGGGUACGUCCGCAAAGUUUCCGGCGUUACCAAAGCCGCCAUCCGUGCUGCAAGCGUCUGCAAACGGAACAAUCCAAUUCACAUUGGACAGCCUGCUGCGUGCUGCCCUGCAAAACUAGGCCAAAUAGAUUGGAUUGGAUUGGAUUUGUCGAACAUUCUGCGGCAUAGUUUGUUAUUAGCUUUGUAUGCUAACUGUUAACUUGGCCUCUCAUUUAAUGUUUAAUGUAGCCUAUAAUGUUUUGCACUGGUGUCCUUAUUGUGUACUCCCAUGUUUUUCGAAUCUGUGCGUUCCCAUAUCCAUUUUAUAUUAAUGUGAUGAAAACUUGAGUAUUACACGACUUCAAAACCCAAAUGAAAAAAAGAAAAAAAUAACAAUUCAAAAAUGAAGAAUGAAAACCCAUUAGCAUAAUUUUUUUUUGGCAAUUAGCUAAUAUUAGACGCUUCAGCUCGGGAAGUAAGUCGCAUUUUUAGCAUGUUAUAGUGAAAAAUUGUAUAUCUGUAUAUCUAAUUGCCAGUACGAAUGUGUAGCCAUGGCAGGCUAUGUCUUGUGCGCUGUGCCUGCCUAGAGAGCUGGAUUCCCUACUCCGCUUGGAUUAGAGAUGAGCGCGUGCCCGCCUGCGUGUCACGGCAGACAAC